CCGACAGAGCGAAGUCGUGUUCCUUCCUUAGUAAGUCUCGCUCUCGAAGGCAUAAGAAAAAGCUUUCCUCGAGUUUCGCUUGCUUUUACACCAACUGUAUACUCGUACAUCAAGACGAUCCGCGAGACAUUCUUGACGACAGUUUCCGAAGAGUUUUGCAAGGAUAAAGAGGUGGGGGGACCGCGCGGGUGGGAAGGAGUGGGGAGAAGAAGGGAAAAGGACAGUCGCUCGCGACUCGUAUUUUGGAUAGAGAUUCCCAGGGGCAAACGAGAUAAAGCAGGCGAGCCUACGACCACGACGGCCACAAGGGAAUCUUUAUUGAGACAUUCUACGAAUUUGUGCUGCGUGUUGUGUGAUAAAAGCUUAUCGUCGCGGGCAACUGGAGACCUUUCGUGUCAGCGGGGAGACGGAUCGUUUUCCUUUUCCAAAAGGCCCCUCGCGACCGGCAGAAGGGUUGCUUCUUCCUGGAUAACCGGAAGUGGCUAUUAACCGGCGAAGGUAGAACAAUGUGGACACUCGAGAACAGCUUCCCUUGAAGCUCUCUCUCACGUUCUUCAAGAUAAUAAUUCGGCCCGUUGAGUCAUGCUCUGUCUUCUUGCGCUCCGUCGAAAGAUGCCUUUCAUGUUGUAAACAAUACUAGGUGAAAGGAAGCCUCAGACCGAAGAUGGGCAAGCUUUUGAGCCUCCUGGCUCGAGACGAGUCUACCUGUUGCACGCCUCAAAAGUACGACGUCUUUUUGGAUUUCGAAAAUGCACAACCUUCCGACAUAGAACGAGAGACCUUUGAAGCGGUGCAAAGGGUUCUGAAAAAUUCAGAAUCUAUCUUGGAGGAGAUUCAGUGCUACAAAGGGGCAGGGAAAGAAAUCAGGGAGGCGAUUUCGGCGCCCACGGAAGAGUGUCAACGGAAAGCCUAUCUGACUGUUGCCCCUCUGGUCGCGAAGCUGAAGAGAUUCUAUGAAUUUUCAUUGGAACUCGAAAAGGUAGUACCAAAGAUCCUGGGCCAACUAUGCUCCGGAAACCUCUCCCCGACCCAACAUCUCGAGACCCAGCAAGCAUUGGUGAAACAGCUGGCGGAAAUUCUGGAGUUCGUCUUAAAGUUCGACGAGCACAAAAUGAAGACCCCCGCCAUUCAGAACGACUUCAGUUAUUACAGAAGGACGCUGACCAGAGCUUCCCUGGCGCGGCAGGAAAACGCUGAGAAGGACCUCGUGGUUGGGAACGAGCUAGCCAACAGAAUGUCCUUGUUCUACGCCCACGCGACACCCAUGCUUCGAGUUCUGAGUCACGCGACCAUUACUUUCUUGAUGGACAACGAAGACGUGGCACGUGAAAAUAUCACGGAAACGCUUGGUACCAUGGCCAAGGUUUGCCUGCGCAUGUUAGAAAAUCCGAAUCUACUGGCGCAAUUCCAACGAGAGGAAACUCAACUCUUUGUUCUGAGAGUAAUGGUAGGGUUAGUGAUCCUUUAUGAUCACGUUCAUCCCCAAGGUGCCUUUGUUAAGGGUUCGAAUGUCGAUGUUAAAGGCUGUGUGAAGCUAUUAAAGGAUCAGCCACCAUGCAAGAGCGAGGGUCUGCUGAACGCUCUCCGCUACACUACCAAGCAUCUGAACGAGGAUAACACACCUAAGAACAUCAAGAACCUGCUAGCCGCAUGAUUACCGAAGCAGCGAGGCUGCUGCAUCAGAAGCUGAGCCAAUUGGCUGCUGAUCUAUCAGAAGCCGAACGAGCGACGCCAUUUUGUGUAGCGCCACGGGGACGUCGAAGAUGAUAUCCUGACGACUCCACGUGACCCAAGCAAUCUCCCGUUUCUGGUCGUGGCUGGCUGGUGGACCACUAAAAACGUGUCUUUCGCAAUCGAGUCUAUAGCUGCCCGAAAACUGCCGACUUCUACAUACCUUCUGAGAAAAAAGGAAAUAAAAAAUGAAAAAAUACAAAAAAAUAAGGAGAUAGGUAGAACAAUCGUAGAGAGGCAAGAAAAACGAAACGACUGAACAUCGGAGGAAUUGCUGAACUCGUUCUCGAGCGAUGCCUUUGUCGCUGUUACGAGCGCGAACAUUUAGGAAUUAUUAUUAUUAUUAUAAAUAUUACUAAUCUCUCUCUAUCUCUCACACUCACAAACGACACCCCUUGAUUAUUAUCGAUCAUUGCUAAUUAUUAUUGCUAUUAUUGCGACGUUUUUGACGUUUGUUCGAGUUAUUAUUGUCACCCAAGUAUUAUUGCCCUGGCUAACCUAAAUCGUCACCACGUGUAUUAACAUUGUAUUCGUCUUCCCGUACAGGGGGGAAGGGUUAAUUAGUGCAUAUCAAUAGCGUAUUUAGGGUAACUAUUCGACGAGCGCGGAACUAUUCGCGCGUGUUACGAACAGAGGUUUUUAAUAACGUUGUAAGAUAUUGCGCAAAUCUUUAGCGAUUGUUUUCUUUGUUGAACGGUUGUCAUCCGGGCUAAAUGACGAUGAAGAGAAAUUGUUACGACUGCAGGGGGGCCCUGUUUGCGUCAUUGCGCCAUUGGAAUUCAGAGGAGAGAACCGAGGGUUUCCAAGACUUUCCAAGAGUCUCCAAGAGUUUUGGACUUUAUCGUUGUUUCGUUGCUGCUCUUUUCAUUUUGUUGCUCUCCUUAUUAACAUAUUUUAUCACAGAUUUUGUUUUAUCGCUUUGUUAUAGUUAAGACAGACUUACCGGAGAGAAUUUACGUUGAUAUAUUCCCCUUCUUCCCCCCCCCUGCCCCCACAUCCCUAUUAGUUUCUUGUUUAUUUCUACGUAACAGAGAGUUGAAAGAAACCAAAGAUGUUGUUGCUAACGUUUAUAUGUCACAUUGAUUUUAUCGUGAAUCUAUUGUCGCAGUAUUUUCGAGAAUCGCGUUAUUUACACCGUCACAGGAAGAAAGUUAUCGGGUGACGCGAAUGUACCGUAGAAACCGUCAGUGUUUCUCGUAAAGAACAAAUUCAUACGUGAACGAUAUUAUUGUUGGCGCUGGCAAUCGCGUCGCACACCCUUUUUCUAUGUGCACAUUUAAGGAUUCUAAACGUACGUGACCGAUUUACAAUGUAGGUUUUCUUGCAUCAAGAAUUUUACUAUUUAUACAUCCGAUGUUAUCAGAUUCUAUUAUUAAGUAAGCUCUCAGGUUUUAAAAGCUGUCUAUUGUGUCUUUGUCAAAUUUUUAUUACAUUAUUCUC